GCGCAUCUGAUCUUGUUCGUAAAAUUCAGAUGCUUUCUCUUCCGAUCCUACACUAAUCAGAUCUGAGUGAUUUGGGGACCGGAGAAGGAGAGGAAGAUGUUGACAAAGUUUGAGACGAAGAGUAAUAGAGUGAAGGGACUGAGUUUCCACAGUAAGAGGCCGUGGAUUCUUGCUAGUCUUCACAGUGGCGUGAUCCAGCUAUGGGAUUAUCGGAUGGGAACUUUGAUUGAUCGAUUCGACGAGCACGAUGGUCCCGUUCGUGGCGUCCAUUUCCAUCAGUCUCAGCCUCUCUUUGUCUCUGGAGGGGAUGACUACAAGAUAAAAGUUUGGAACUAUAAGACGCAUAGGUGUCUCUUUACCCUUCUCGGACAUCUUGAUUAUAUCCGUACUGUACAGUUUCAUCAUGAGUAUCCAUGGAUUGUUAGUGCCAGCGAUGAUCAGACUAUUCGCAUUUGGAACUGGCAGUCACGCACGUGCGUUUCUGUUUUGACCGGUCAUAAUCAUUAUGUCAUGUGUGCCUCAUUUCAUCCUAAAGAAGACCUUGUUGUUUCGGCCUCCCUCGAUCAGACUGUUCGUGUUUGGGAUAUUGGUGCCUUGAGAAAGAAGACUGUGUCGCCAGCAGAUGACAUUUUGCGGUUGAGUCAGAUGAACACUGAUCUUUUUGGUGGUGCUGAUGCUGUAGUUAAAUAUGUCUUGGAAGGUCAUGAUCGAGGAGUCAACUGGGCUGCAUUUCAUCCCACAUUGCCUUUGAUUGUAUCAGGGGCAGAUGACCGCCAAGUGAAAUUGUGGCGCAUGAACGAAACCAAGGCUUGGGAGGUGGACACAUUAAGAGGGCACAUGAAUAAUGUGUCAUGUGUUAUGUUUCAUGCCAAGCAGGACAUUAUUGUUUCCAAUUCUGAGGAUAAGAGUAUUCGGGUGUGGGAUGUGACAAAACGAACUGGAAUUCAAACCUUCCGCCGAGAGCAUGACCGAUUCUGGAUUCUUGCUGCUCACCCAGAGAUGAAUCUGUUGGCAGCAGGUCAUGAUAGUGGCAUGAUUGUCUUUAAGUUGGAGAGAGAGAGGCCUGCUUUUGCAGUGAGUGGGGAUUCAAUGUUCUACUGCAAGGAUCGCUUUUUGCGGUUUUUUGAGUUUUUGACUCAGAGAGACAACCAAGUAAUUCCAAUUCGACGGCCUGGUUCAACGAGCCUGAAUCAAAGUCCAAGGACUCUUUCUUACAGUCCAACAGAAAAUGCCAUUUUAAUCUGCUCGGAUGUGGAUGGUGGAUCUUAUGAGUUGUAUGUCAUUCCAAAAGAUAACAUUGGGAGGGGUGAUAGUUUGCCAGAGGCAAGGAGAGGCAUUGGGACAUCUGCCAUCUUUAUUGCUCGUAACAGGUUUGCUGUGCUGGACAAAAGCAAUAACCAAGUACUAGUCAAGAAUCUAAAGAAUGAAGUUGUUAAAAAGAGUGCCCUCCCUAUUGCAACAGACACAAUAUUUUAUGCAGGAACAGGUAAUUUGCUGUGCCGAUCUGAGGAUAAAGUGGUUAUAUUUGAUCUCCAGCAGAGGCUUGUUCUGGGGGAUCUCCAAACCCCUUUUGUCAAGUAUAUUGUUUGGUCUAAUGACAUGGAGACUGUUGCCUUGCUCAGCAAGCAUGCCAUUAUCAUUGCUAGCAAGAAGCUUGUUCACCAGUGCACUCUUCAUGAGACAAUUCGUGUAAAGAGUGGAGCCUGGGAUGACAAUGGCGUUUUCAUUUACACAACUUUGAAUCAUAUCAAGUAUUGCCUCCCCAAUGGCGAUUGUGGGAUAAUUAGAACACUGGAUGUUCCAAUAUACAUAACAAAGGUUUCAGGAAAUACUAUAUUUUGCUUGGAUCGGGAUGGAAAGAAUAGGGUUAUCGUUAUUGAUGCAACAGAAUACAUUUUCAAGCUUUCUCUGUUGCGGAAGAGAUAUGAUCAUGUUAUGAGCAUGAUAAAAAACUCACAGCUUUGUGGUCAGGCAAUGAUUUCUUAUCUGCAACAGAAGGGAUUCCCUGAAGUUGCUCUUCAUUUUGUUAAAGAUGAGAGAACUCGCUUUAAUUUGGCUCUGGAGAGUGGGAACAUUCAAGUUGCAGUUGCUUCAGCAAAGGAGAUUGAUGAGAAAGAUCAUUGGUACAGGCUGGGUGUGGAAGCUCUUCGACAGGGCAAUGCAGGUAUAGUGGAAUAUGCGUACCAGAGGACAAAGAACUUUGAGAGGUUAUCCUUCCUGUAUCUCAUAACUGGAAACAUGGAUAAGCUGUCAAAGAUGUUAAAAAUUGCUGAGGUAAAGAAUGAUGUGAUGGGUCAGUUUCAUAAUGCCUUGUAUCUUGGUGAUGUCCAAGAUCGUGUCAAGAUCUUGGAGAAUGCUGGUCACCUGCCUCUUGCUUACAUUACAGCCUCUGUCCAUGGGCUACAGGAUGUUGCUGAACGUUUAGCAGCAGAAUUGGGAGAUAAUGUUCCUGCUUUGCCUAAGGGAAAUGUACCCUCUCUACUGAUGCCCCCUAGCCCUGUUAUCUGUGGUGGUGAUUGGCCACUUCUGCGAGUCAUGAAAGGUAUAUUUGAAGGUGGGCUGGACAGCGUUGGCAGGGAUGAAGUGGAUGAAGAGGAAGAGGGUGCCGAGGGUGACUGGGGUGAAGAACUUGAUAUGGUUGAUGCAGAUGGAUUACAGAAUGGAGAUAUUAGUGCAAUUUUGGAGGAUGGAGAGGAGGCUGAAGGAAAUGAGGAAGAGGGUGGAUGGGACCUUGAAGAUUUAGAUCUUCCUCCUGAGGCUGAGACUCCGAGGGUUUCUGCCAAUUCUCGGUCUGCAGUUUUCGUGGCACCAACUCCUGGUAUGCCUGUUAGUCAAAUUUGGAUUCAGAGAUCAUCUCUUGCUGCCGAACAUGCAGCAGCUGGCAACUUUGAUACAGCAAUGCGGUUGCUGAGCCGCCAACUUGGCAUCAGAAACUUUAACCCUCUAAAAUCCAUGUUUCUUGAUAUUCAUGCUGGCAGCCAUAGCUAUCUUCAUGCAUUUACAUCUGCUCCAGUUGUGUCCCUUGCCAUUGAACGGGGAUGGAAUGAGUCUGCCAGUCCUAAUGUGAGGGGUCCUCCUGCACUUGUAUUUAAUUUCUCUCAGUUGGAAGAAAAGCUCAAGGCUGGUUACAAAGCUACAACAGGUGGAAAAUUCAAAGAAGCUCUUCAGCUUUUCCUUAGCAUACUUCAUACAAUUCCGUUGAUUGUUGUGGAGUCAAGAAGGGAGGUAGACGAGGUCAAGGAGUUAAUUAUUAUUGUUAAGGAGUAUGUUCUUGGUCUUAAAAUGGAAAUUAGCAGGAGAGACAUUAAGGACAAUCCAUUGCGUCAGCAGGAGCUAGCUGCUUACUUCACUCAUUGCAACCUUCAAAUACCUCACUUACGGCUUGCUUUGCUAAAUGCAAUGACUGUCUGCUACAAGGCAAAGAACCUGGCAACUGCAGCUAACUUUGCCAGACGUCUGAUGGAAACAAACCCUGCAAAUGAGAGCCAAGCCAAGACAGCCAGGCAAGUGCUCCAGGCUGCAGAUAGGAAUAUGACUGAUGCCACUCAGCUGAAUUAUGACUUCAGAAACCCAUUUGUUAUUUGCGGGGCAACUUAUGUGCCAAUUUACAGAGGACAGAAGGAUGUAUCAUGCCCAUACUGUAGCAGUAGAUUUGUGCCUAGCCAGGAAGGACAGUUGUGUACUGUCUGCGAUCUUGCAGUGAUCAGUGCGGAUGCUUCUGGGUUGCUUUGUUCUUCUUCACAGAUACGAUGAACAGGCUGCUAAAACUGGACCUUCUUUCAGAUUUUAUCAUUCUCAUCUUUUCCGGCUGAUGAACCAAUGCAGUUGAUUUAUUCUUUGCAGGUAUAAGUUUAGAAAUAGUAAAGAGUAAACCACCAGAUAAAUGGUUUGUGCUGUCUCCUUUCUUUUUCUUUUUCUUUUUUUUUUGGGGGUUUUUGCUUUGUUCCUUACGAUUUUCAGUGUUGUAAACAAUUCGAGAAUUUUGAGUUUUGUCAUUCAUGUUCAUAGGCAAGAACAAUAAUAGGUAGGACUUACUUAAGUUACAUGUCAAUGUAUCCCGAUGCCAUUUUGAGGUCCUAUUUCUGCAAUAUUAGUUUUAUUAUUGAAGCAUUGUUUUGCCAUAUGAACCUCUGCAAUUUCUUAUAAUUCCUUUUCACCUCUUGGUGUUUUUGUUUGUUGUUGGUGUUUUACUCGUAUAUUCAUUCUGG